UUGAAAAGCCGCUCUCGCACCGCACACCCGCCUUGAGUGCUGGAACUAUGCCGCGGGGCCGGCCUCGUAAACUGAGAGUUAAAAGCCACGACGGAACAGAUGUAGAUCCCAGUGAAGCUAAGGCAGAAGGUUUCAGUGAUGGAGAGCUCAAGGACAAGAAGUGCACGUUCUGCACCCAGAUAUUCACCACAGAGAGCCAGCUACAGAAGCACCUCCGUGAGCACGAGAUCAAUGAUAAGCCUCAUCGCUGCGACCAGUGCACGGAGUCAUUUAACGUGGAGUUCAACCUCACCCUCCACAAGUCCACUCACACCAUGUCGGACUUCACCUGCCCUGUGUGCAAUAAAAGGUUCUCCCGCAUCGCCAGCCUCAAGUCCCACAUCAUGUUGCACGAGAAAGAGGAGAAUCUCAUCUGCACAGAGUGUGGAGAUGAGUUUUUUCUGCAGAGCCAGCUCACCCUGCACUUGGACGAGCACCGGAAGGAGCUGUCGGGCGUCAGAGUCUACAUCUGCAAAAGCUGCGACAAGGAGUUCAAGACAUCGGCUCAAAUCAAGGAGCACAUGAAGAGCCACAUAAAGAUGAGGCCGCUGUCCUCCAGUUCCAGAAACUACAAGAAAAACAUCGAUCGCAGCAACUUCGCCAACAGCUGCCAUCACUGUGGAAAGGCUUUCAAAAAGCCCAGUCAGCUCGUCAGACACAUACGGAUCCACACAGGUGAAAGACCCUACAAGUGCUCGCACUGCGGGAAGGCUUUCAACCAGAAGGUGGUGUUGCAGACUCACAUGGUGAGGCACACGGGAGAGAAACCUCAUCUCUGCAUGUUCUGCCCUGCAUCCUUCUCCCAGAAAGGAAACCUGCACUCCCACGUCCAGAGGGUUCAUUCUGAGACCAAAGGGAUCCCUCAGUUCAGAUGCAUGGACUGCAGCUGCGUGUUCAAGAAGCUCGGGAGUCUCAACGCCCACAUCAGCAAGAUGCACGUCUCUGUCAUCGAGGUCCCGUCCGGCACUCCGGAGGCUGAUGCGGCGGGCCAGCCCGUGGAGCGUUCGGAGGGCGGCGAGGGGGUGACGGAUGUCAUCCAGCAGCUCCUGGAGCUGUCGGAGCAGGUCAACGGGGAGACGGCCCAGCCGCAGCCUCCAGAGCCAGCUGUUGCCAUGGAAACCGCCAUCAACCAAGAUAUCCUGCAGCAAGCUCUGGAGAACAGCGGGCUGAGUGUGGUCCCGCCACAGAGCGACGCCGCGUCCAGAGAGUCUCAGGGCCACAGCACCGAGGGGACGACUGCCGAGACCAAGAAGGUUCAGGCUCCGGAGAAACCAGUCAGGGAGAAGAAGAGGAGCAUCUUCAAGAAACCCAUACAGAUGCCAGGCUCCAUCCGGGAGGAGGACGGCGUUCGAUGGCACGGCUGCCCUUAUUGCGCCAAGGAGUUCAAGAAACCCAGCGACCUUGUCCGCCACAUCCGCAUCCACACCCACGAAAAGCCCUUCAAGUGCAAGCAGUGCUUCAGAGCGUUCGCGGUGAAGAGCACCCUCACGGCACAUAUGAAAACGCACACCGGCACCAAGGAUUUCAAGUGUCAGUGCUGCCUCAAGUGCUUCUCCACUUCUGGAAGCAUGAAAGUACACAUGCGUCUGCACACAGGCGUUCGUCCGUUCCCCUGCCCGCACUGUGACAAGAUCUUCCGUACGUCGGGUCACAGGAAAACGCACAUCGCUUCUCACUUCAAGAGUCUGCAGCAGAAGAAGCAGAAGUUUCCACGGAAAUCCAACAAAGCCAAAGUCUCCAAAAGCAACCUACCUCUGCCUGACAUCCCCUUGCAGGAACCCAUCCUCAUCACCGACUACGGCCUCGUCACGUCCCAGAACCCGCGGCUGGCGUUCCAGCAGUACCUGGACGUGGUGGGCAGCGACAGGCCCUACAAAUGCCAGUACUGCAGUAAGGCCUACAAGAAAUCCAGCCAUCUAAAACAGCAUGUCAGGUCACAUACGGGAGAGCGGCCGUACAAGUGCAUACAGUGCGGCCGGGGCUUUGCCUCCUCGGGAGUCCUCAAAGCUCACAUCCGGACACACUCGGGUCUGAAAGCUUACAAGUGCCUGAUCUGUGACACGACGUUCACCACCAGCGGGAGCCUGCGGCGUCACAUGACCACUCACAGCGACCUCCGUCCUUACAUGUGCCCCUACUGCCAGAAGACCUUCAAGUCCUCACCCAACUGUAGGAAACACAUGAAGACGCACAGGUACGAGCUGGCCCAGCAGCUGCAGCCGCAGUCGGGAGACGACCACUUGGGCGGAGGCGCCGUGGCCCAUGACUUACCAGUGGAGAUGGAGGCGGAGUCUCUUCAGCAAGCCCCUCCCAGCGCGGCCGAGCAGCAGGGCAUGCUGGGACUGACCCAGUCAGAGGUGGUGAAUGGAGGCCAACAGGUGACACUGGAGGCCCCGCUCACCGACCAGCCGCUAGUGCAGGGAGAAGACUCCUACGUGACUACCCAACAUGCUUUGCCUCAGAAUAUGAGCCAGUUUGAGACGCCAGCACUUCCUCAGCCUUCGUUUGACCAGCAACCGCUGACACAAGGCUUCAGCAUCCCUGAAUCCAGCUACAACCAGCCCCAGUUCUCGGCCGUGCAGCAGCUGCAGGACUCCAGCACCCUGGAGUCCCAGGCUCUGUCCUCCAGCUUCCACCCGCCUAACCUGCUGCACGUUCCCUCAGCUGAGGUGACGAAUGGGCUUCUUCAGCAGAGCAGUCAAAAUGAUCUACAGCUGCCCACAGAAACACCGGACUACCAGGACGACAGCGAAGACAACGUCAAGAGGAUCCACAGGUGCAACUGGUGCAAUAAAGGCUUCAAGAAGUCCAGUCAUCUGAAGCAGCACAUCCGCUCCCACACCGGGGAGAAACCGUUCAGGUGUCAUCUCUGCGGGCGAGCCUUCGUGUCAGCGGGAGUGCUGAAGUCCCAUCUCAACACUCAUACAGGAGUGAAGCCCUUUAAGUGCGAUGUCUGCGACGCCUCAUUCACCACCAACGGGAGCCUGAGCCGCCACAUGAUUAUCCACAUGAAGUCUUUCAAGUGCUCCAUGUGCGACGAUCGCUUCAGGACCAGCCUGCUGUGUAAAAGGCACAUGAAGAAGGAGCACGCCGUCGACGAUCAAAUUAUGGGUCUGGAUAGUCAAGAUGGGGAAGACGAGACCAAUGACGAGGACGGUGAUCCAAAAACGCCAAAGCGGAGGGGUUUGGAAAUCAUCACUUUCACCGAAGAGCAGGCGGCCGAGCUGGCGAAGGAUCCUGGCGAGGAGGCGUCUGUGUCGGAGCGAAUCCUCGCCCAGUCGGCGGCUGAGAGGGAUCGGAUCAGUGAGAUCAAAGACAAAGCUGUGGAGCUUGAAACGGAGCCCAAGUUUGCCAACUGCUGCAGUUUCUGCACCAAGAGCUUCAAGAAGCCCAGCGACCUGGUCAGGCACAUCAGGAUCCACACAGGUGAAAGACCUUACAAGUGUGAUGAAUGUGGGAAGAGUUUCACCGUGAAGUCGACCCUGGACUGCCACGUGAAAACGCAUACAGGUCAAAAGCUGUUCAGCUGUCACAUGUGCAACACCUCCUUCUCCACCAAGGGCAGUCUGAAGGUGCACAUGCGCCUCCACACGGGCUCCAAGCCCUUCAAAUGCCCCUACUGCGACCUGCGCUUCAGAACCUCGGGCCACCGCAAAACCCACAUCCAGUUCCACUUCCGUCUAAGCGACAGCCGCAAAUCCAAGCGCUUGUCCCUAUCUGCCAGUCACGCCAGACAGAAUCAAGACCAGGGCGUGGGGUCGGGUCACGGGCAUCAGACGGCGUCUUCGGAGGCUCUUCAGCCCGUGGGUCUGCUGCAACAACCCAACACGGACCCCAGCAUCUACCUCCCCACCAGCCAGGUCCUGACGGGCCAGUACGACCACAGUCUGCUGCAGCCAGGACUGGUGGGACAGGCCAUCCUGCCGGCCUCCAUGUCAGCUGCAGGAGACCUGACCGUGUCUCUCCCAGACGGCCUGACGACCCUGGACGGCAUCCAGCUGCAGCUGACGCCGGCCAACCUGGUGUGCCCCAACGUCCAGAUCUCCGGCAUCGAUACGAGCAACAUCAACAACAUCACACUACAGAUCGACCACGCCCUGCUGCAGCAGACCCUCCAGCAGGGCGGCCUCCUCUCUCAGCCUCUGAGCGUCGACACCGGCCUGGUCUCCCACUCCGGCAGCCAGCUCAUGUCCACCUCAGAUCCCUCGGGCAACGUUGUGAUCCACCCUCUGACCAGCCUGGCCCUGCAGCCGUCCACCAUCACGCCGCCGCAGGUCUCCAUGGCCGGCCUGUCGGAGCAGGAUGCUGCAGGCUCUCAGAACCUAAACCAUGUGAUGAGCAGCUCUGGGUUGGUGACGGGAGGAAACAGCAGCCAGGAGAUCACUCUGACCAUCAACAACUCCAGCCUGAGUCAGGCGCUGGCCCAGGUCCAGGCCCAGGUCCAGGCCCAGGCCUCGGCCGCUGGCUCCAGCACUGCUGCAGGAAACCCUCAGGAGAUCACCCUCACCAUAUCAGGUCAAGACCUGCUCCCCCAGCAUGGCAACCCCACCGGGGCGGAGAUGAACGGCGGCAUCAGACUGUCGUCUCCGUUAACCAGCGCGCCCCCCAACGCCACGCUGACCCUCACCAACGACCACCUGCUACCUCAGAGCCCCACCAGCACGGGAAUGACAGUCAACAGUUUGCCACCUAGCACCACUUUGUCACACACCGCUGCAUCCCAGAGCCUGGUGAUGUCACCAGGAGGCGUGGCCAGCGAUGGCAGUGUCACUCUAACCCUCACAGAUGCUCAGGGCAUGCUGGACACGGUCACUUUAAACCUCAAUGCACAGGGUCAGACAUUUCCUGCAGUCCUGAAUGAUCCUGGCCUGCCGGGGCAGCCGGUCACCUCAGGCCAGCAGGUCAUACUGGUCAGCCACCAUUCCCAGUCCACAAACGGAGCGUCUGACAACGGCUAUAAUGAUUCUGCCGACGGCCAUAAAGGUGAGAAGAACCCGCAGGCGCACGCCGAUAACAGGAAUCAGUGCUUCUACUGUAAUCAGGUGUGCCAGAAUGCCAACUCGCUGCGACGCCACUGCAGGCAAGCCCACGGGAAGGACCGCUGUCAUGUCUGCGGCAUCUGUAAAAAGGCUUUCAAGAGAGCGACGCACCUCAAGGAGCAUGAGCGGGUGCACCUGCCGGGUCCGUCCCCCAGCUCCCAGAAACCCCGGGUCUUCAACUGCCUGUCGUGCGUGAAAGCUUUCGCCAAGCGCAGCCAGCUGGAGAGACACAACCGAACUCACACCGGUGAGCGGCCUUUCAAGUGCAGUCAGUGCGACAAAGCCUUCAACCAGAAGAGCGCCCUGCAGGUCCACAUGGUCAAACACACUGGAAAGAAACCCUUCAAGUGUGAGGUGUGCAGCAUCAGGUUCACCCAGAAGAGCAACAUGAAACACCACAUGAAGAGAUCCCACGGCUACGGUCAAAUACAGGACAUGUCCCUGGGCCCAGAUGAACCCGGGGCUCAGGUGGAGGUCACACCCGAUCUGGAUCUGGAAGUGGUUCCUGAAUCGGCCGGAGACUGGCACAGUGUGUUCCCUUGACGACGGUCCACAUGAACUCCAGUAAUCAACUGUUGGUUGUCCUGAGCACUCAUUGAAUUUUGCAGCA